AUGUCCUGCUAUGACCGGUGUCCUUCCACCUCCUGUGGCCCAACCCCUCUGGCCAACAGCUGCAACGAGCCCUGUGUCAGGCAGUGCCAGGACUCCACCGUGGUGAUCCAACCUUCUCCCGUGGUGGUGACCCUGCCUGGCCCCAUCCUCAGCUCCUUCCCCCAGAACACCACCGUGGGUUCCUCAGCAUCUGCAGCCGUGGGGAGCGCACUCAGUGCUGAGGGAGUUCCCAUCUGCUCUGGGAACUCCCUGGGCUUGGGGAGCUUUGGCUACCCAGGGCUGGGCACUGGGGCCAGGCCGGCUGGGGCCAGCCGGCCCUACCGCCGCUACAGCUCCCAGCGCAGCGGCUUCUACGGGCCCUGCUGA